ACUUCCUCCAGCAUUUGCCGCGAGUUAUUGGCAAGUUCCCAUGCAGUUGUUUGGGCUGUCGCUGUGGCUGGUUCUGUGGUGUGCGGCCAGCCAUGGAGCGCUCUGGGCCCAGCGAAGUGACAGGCUCAGACGCAUCGGGACCGGACCCGCAGCUUGCGGUAACCAUGGGCUUCACGGGGUUCGGUAAAAAAGCUCGCACAUUUGACUUGGAAGCAAUGUUUGAACAAACUCGAAGGACAGCUGUGGAAAGAAGUCGCAAAACACUGGCAAGAGAAAAAGAGGAAGAAAUGAACAGAGAGAAAGAAUUAAGAAGACAAAAUGAAGAUAUUGAGCCAACAUCCUCAAGAUCAAAUGUGGUCACAGAUUGCUCCAAAUCAUCUUCCAGGGAUACGAGCAGCAGUGAAAGUGAACAGAGUUCUGACUCUUCUGAUGAUGAGUUAAUUGGCCCUCCUUCACCCCCUAAAAUGGUAGGAAAACCAGUUAAUUUUAUGGAGGACGAUAUCCUCGGUCCUUUACCUCCACCUCUUAAUGAAGAAGAAGAAGAAGCAGAGGAAGAAGAAGAGGAAGAGGAGGAAGAGGAAAAUCCUGUUCACAAGAUUCCUGAUUCGCAUGAGAUAACGCUGAAGCAUGGCACUAAAACAGUGUCUGCUUUGGGUCUGGAUCCCUCAGGUGCCCGUUUGGUGACAGGAGGAUAUGACUAUGAUGUUAAGUUUUGGGAUUUUGCUGGAAUGGAUGCUUCUUUUAAGGCAUUUCGAUCCCUUCAGCCCUGUGAGUGCCAUCAGAUCAAGUCAUUACAGUAUAGUAACACAGGAGACAUGAUUCUUGUUGUAUCUGGAAGCUCUCAGGCCAAGGUGAUUGACAGAGAUGGUUUUGAAGUAAUGGAAUGUAUAAAAGGAGACCAGUAUAUUGUGGACAUGGCCAACACCAAGGGUCAUACAGCAAUGCUUCAUACUGGCUCAUGGCAUCCCAAAAUAAAGGGAGAAUUUAUGACUUGCUCAAAUGAUGCGACUGUGAGGACGUGGGAAGUUGAAAAUCCAAAGAAGCAAAAAAGUGUGUUUAAACCACGGACGAUGCAAGGCAAAAAAGUCAUUCCCACUACGUGCACAUAUAGUAGAGAUGGAAACCUCAUAGCAGCUGCCUGCCAGAAUGGAAGCAUACAGAUCUGGGACCGAAAUUUGACUGUUCAUCCUAAGUUCCACUAUAAACAGGCUCAUGACUCGGGCACAGACACUUCUUGCGUGACUUUUUCCUAUGAUGGUAAUGUCCUUGCCUCUCGUGGAGGUGACGAUUCAUUAAAAUUAUGGGACAUCCGACAAUUUAAUAAACCACUUUUUUCAGCCUCGGGUCUUCCCACCAUGUUCCCAAUGACUGACUGCUGUUUCAGUCCAGAUGAUAAGCUCAUAGUCACUGGUACAUCUAUUCAAAGAGGAUGUGGCAGUGGCAAACUUGUUUUCUUUGAGCGUAGGACUUUCCAAAGGGUGUAUGAAAUAGACAUCACAGAUGCGAGUGUUGUUCGCUGCCUGUGGCAUCCAAAGCUGAACCAGAUCAUGGUUGGAACUGGAAAUGGAUUGGCUAAAGUCUAUUACGACCCCAACAAGAGUCAGAGGGGAGCAAAAUUAUGUGUGGUUAAAACCCAGCGGAAGGCAAAACAAGCUGAGACUCUAACUCAGGACUACAUCAUCACCCCUCAUGCCUUGCCUAUGUUCCGUGAGCCCCGCCAACGGAGUACAAGGAAACAGCUGGAGAAGGACAGAUUGGAUCCCCUGAAGUCGCAUAAACCUGAACCUCCUGUAGCAGGCCCAGGUCGUGGUGGCCGAGUUGGAACCCACGGGGGCACUCUCUCUUCCUAUAUUGUGAAGAACAUUGCUUUGGACAAGACCGAUGACAGUAAUCCUCGGGAAGCCAUUUUGCGUCAUGCCAAAGCAGCAGAAGACAGCCCAUAUUGGGUUUCUCCAGCAUAUUCCAAGACUCAGCCCAAAACCAUGUUUGCCCAAGUUGAAUCUGAUGAUGAGGAAGCAAAGAAUGAGCCAGAAUGGAAAAAACGUAAAAUUUGAAGAAUCUCAUUUGAGAGCUGUUUGCAUGAGUGGGAGGGGUAUGGGACAGGUUUGGGUUUUUUUUUUUUUUAUGCUCAUGAAAUUAAAAAUUCAUUUUUAUGAA